AUGUCAGCUUUAGACCUUAUGCAGGUGGGAGCUGCUACGCUUACUCACAGCUUGGCAUGUUCAGACCCCACGCUUGCAUUGUAUGGCCUGACUCGGCUGGACCCCUCGACAUCAGCCCCGGACUCCCUGCAUCCCGAGCCUCCCUUGCUUCUGCGAGGCUUUGUGAGGCUGGGACUCAGCAUGCCUGUCUACGGAGUCACGCGCCUGGAAGCCUUCUUGCUGAUGCCUGAUCGUGCCAACACUGGUCCUAUCCUUCCUUUGAGAAGUCUUGCUUGUUCAGGUCCUUUCUUGCCUGCCUAUGGGUUUACUCGCUUGGACGUGGCUCUCCUGCUCCUGGACUCCGCUUCGAUGGGCGCUCCUUCGCUUCUAAUGAGUCUUGCAUGCCUGGGCUCUUUCCUGUCCACGUACGGAAUGACCCAAACUGGCUCGCCGCCACCUGCGCCGAGCCCUGCAAUGCCAGACUCUGCCAUGUUUCCACGUGGCCACGUCCGUCUGGAUGCAGACCCAUUGGUUUAUGGGGCGACGCGGCUGGACUUCAGUUUAUCAACUUCGGACCUUGUGAAUAUUGGCCUUCCAUCGCCGAUCCGGGGAUUCUCGCGUCCCGGGCCGUUGAUGUUUGCCUUUGGCAUGUCCCGCCCUGGCCCUGCAAUGGUCGCCCACGACAGCAUCGAGUCGGGGAGCGCUCUUUUCCUGACGGGCUUUGCGCGGUCGGGUAGCUUCCUGCCAGCCUUUGGCCUGGUACGCACGGGCCCAUCCUUGCCGAUGCCAGACUCCGUGCAGUCGAGCUCAUUGCUGCUGCUGCAUGGCCCCAUGUGCCCUGGAUCGCCCAUGACUUCGUACGGCUGCCAGACAUCGGGCUCCUUCCUGCCAGUCCCGGAUUAUGCCUCCAUCAGCAGCUCCACAUCUCCACGAGGAUCUGUGCACACGGGCUUGUCACUAUUACCCUAUGGUCUGGCUUGCUCGGCCUUGUCAUUGCCUGUGCUGGACUUUGCAAGCCCUGGGCCGUUGAUGCUGGCAAGGGCCUCAGCCCGGUCGGGGCCGUUGACACCCCUUUAUGGCUUUGCUCAGCCGGGCUUGACUCCAUCGGUUCCGGACUCUUUGACUUUGGGUAGCCUUGUGUCACCACGCUCCUUGGUGCGGCUGGGCUUACCUUCGCUGGCUUACGGAGCCGCCUCGCUCUUUGCCUACGGCCUUGCACGUUUGGAGCCCCUGCCGUUGACCACCGACUUUCUAAGUCCUGGCAGCUCUUUAUUUCUGCGGGGUGCUGUCCAGUCUGGAUCGGGGCUUCUUGCCUACGGUGUGGCUUGCCCUGACUUGCUGUCGCCUACCCUUGACCUUUUGCAUUUGGGGCCGUUGCCUUUUCUGAAGAGUCCUGCGCACACCGAGCUGUCGUCAUUUGCUUCUGGUUUUUGUAAAUUGGAGCCAUCCUUGCCCGCUUCCGACUACAUGAGUUCCGGUUCCGCGCCGCUACUUCGCGGCCUCAUGUGCGCCGACCUUUCUCUUUCCGCCUACGGCAUGACGAGGUCAGGCUUGCCGAUCUUAAUCCUGGACCAUAUCCACUGUGGAAGCUUCACGCCGCCUCAGGGACAUCUCAGACUCGGUCCGACCCUCUUGGCCUUUGGGCUGUGUCGAGCCGACCUUUUGUUGUCAACGGUUGACCUCCUCACUCUCGGAUUCACUUUGCCUCUCCAAACACACGCAUGCUCGGAUCUGGUGUUGCCGGCCUAUGGCCUGUCUCGACUUGGACUCCUGCUAUUGCUCCCUGACCUCAUCUCGGCAGGCUCAUCGCUGCCUUUGCGGUCUUUGGGGUGUAUUGGGCCUGCGCUCUUCCCCUAUGGCAUUUCGCGACCUGGGCCUUUCCUGCCGGCAGCUGAUUUCACAGUCCCGGGUUCGACGCUAUCAUCGAAGGCAAUGACAUGUGUGGGGUUUGCCUACUUGGUUUACGGGAUGGUGUGUUUGGGCCCGGCGGCUCCGGUCUUGGACUUUAUUCACCCGGGCUCGACCGCAUCACUGCAGACUUACAGCCGCACAGGUCCAGUGCCACUGAUCUACGGGCACACGCGCCUCGGCUUUAGCCCAUUGAUUUUGGAUUCCUUCUGCAUGGAUCUGACCUUGUCGACGCGGAGCCACGUCCGAUUGGGCUUCGUGCUAUUGGUCUAUGGCUUCUCGCGCCUGGAGCUUACGCUGCCGGCCUCGGACUCCGUUCAUUCGGGCUUUCUGACGUCGACGCAGAGCUCCGCGUGCUGCGGCUCUGCUCCAACAGCUUCCGGGCUGACACGUCUGGGGUCGACGUCUCUGGCACUGGACUUUUUGUCCUUGGGAUCCUUGCUGAUGCCAAAAAGCCACAGUUGGUUUGGCCCGGCUGUUUUCAUCUAUGGUGUCAUGCGAACAGGCUUCAUGGCACUCGUGCUCGACUUCCUUCAUCCAGGCUUACUGCUCCCUCCCAGGUCCUUUGCUUGCACCGAGCUCAGCCUUUUUGUGUACGGGGCCUCUCGUCUUGGGCUGACCCUGUCAACCAUUGACUUCACUCAGCUAAGCUUCCCGCUUUCUGCACGAUCGCUUUCAUGCCUGGGGCUGCUUUUGCUCGUCUAUGGCUUGUCCCGACCUGAGUUGCUGCCACCGUUGCUGGACCUUGUGCAAUGUGGCCUUUUGCCUUCUCUGCAGUCCCUCGCGAAUUGUGGCUUACUUCCGCUCGUGUAUGGCCUGACACGAUCCGGCCUGUUGUCGCCUGCUUUGGAGUCUGCGUAUCUGGAAAGCUUGCUGCCACUUCAAACGCUGAUGCAGACAGGGCUAGCUCUCCCGACCUACGGCAUGGUAUGA